AUGGCAGAAGUUGCGGAUGACAACUGGGUGUUCCCACUCCCUCAUUCGGUCUACAUGCUCUACCCACAGGCGCUGGAUAUGAAGCAGGUGGUGGCGAAUAUAACUCACCGUCUACCCGUAUCAGAGGCCCCCAUUUUCAAUCAGACAAUCAGAUUCCUCAACGUCAGUUCGACGGUCUGCGUGCCGGAAAAAGAGGCUUUAGAACCUCUGGAUGCUAUUAUCAUGGUCAAAUCCGGUGUCUACAACUUUGCAGAUCGUGAACGUAUUCGGCAGACGUAUGCCCCGGAAGCUGUUCGUAAGGCCGGCCUCCGUGUAGCAGUUGUCUUCUCAGUAGGACUGCCUCGAAUCAGUGGAGGUCGGUUCUUCCAGCGCGACGGCUUCAAUAUCUCGCUGCCGGACAGAGCCGGCAAAUCACUGGAGGUGAUGCAAUCCGAAAGGCCGGAAGUUAUCAGACAGUUGACUGAAGAAGCCCAACUCCAUGGUGACCUUCUGCUGGGUGACUAUGAGGACACCUACUACAACCUCAGCCUUAAACUAUUCUACACCUUUCAAUGGGCUUCCAGCUUCUGUCGCGGGUACUUCACGCAGGACCAACAGCAGGUCCGACCUCCUGUCUUCAUUGUCCUCGACGAUGACUACGCCUUCAACGCAAGCGUUCUAAAGGCUGAACUGCGUAACCUCUCAGACACGGAGAUUCGACGAGUCACCUGGGGCAUACCAUUUAAUCAGAGCAAACUAUUUCGCUAUCCGUUCAACAAAAAGUAUGACAAAUGGGCACUGUCGAAACGCGAAAUGCCCUGGCCUCACCUUGCGCCCUACGCACCCAGCAUUUUCCUUGUUUUUGGAGUUGAUGUGUUGCGGGAGAUUGCUCUGGCCAUGUACUUCACUCGGCAGAUACCAGUAGACGAUGCCUGGUUAGGUCUCAUCAUGACGAAACUGGACCUCUACUUUGAACGCCGUCCACAUAUGUAUAAAUUUGUACCAAAAAAGGUGCAGAAGGAGGUGGUUCUGUCUGCUCCCUAUGAAUACCUCUACGGUUCAUUAUAA